GCCACACUCGUGUGUCCUCCAUUAUAAUUAUUUUCCUUUCACUUCCCUUUCUCUACCCAAAGUGUAGUUGAGGUGAUUUGGCUUAAAAAAUGGAUGUAUUUUCUAGAAGAUGCCAGAGAGAUUGGAGUGAAGUGGGACAGUUACUUAUUUGCCACAAGCUUAGAUGCUCUCUUAUAGCUCACCCAACUAAGGUUAAUUGUGAGGAGGGGAAGCAGUCCUGUGCACACAGCAGAGGCUUCAUACGAUUUCCAGUGAGAUUUGCCAUCCAAACUCAUCUUGUACUCUUUGCAGCUCCAUGGCUCUGAGGAAUCCUUCUGCAUACUCUUGGAAUAGUGUUUCUCAACCUGACUGGUUGAGAGAGAAUAAAAAGCCUUUUAUUCUUUUCAGGGUCACUAUAUACCUUUUUUGUUUAGGACUGAUCCAAAGCCAUUCUCACUUACAUCAUUGUAUCUGCCAGGGUCCAACCAGGAAACAGAAACACCCAGAUUAUUUGUUAAAGAGAAAAUUUAGUGCAGGAAAUUGGCUACACAUGAAGAGGCUAAGAAGCUAACCAGCAAAUAGACAAUCAACCCAGAGGUUAGCAAUUUUAGGAAGCUAUGAUCUUCCCUAGUAGGGGAAGGAUAAAGUAGGGAAAGGAUGGUGUUACUAGAGUCUAGGAGUCACCAAUAGAAGCUCAAGGACUUCUCAGUCCAAGGCAGGGAGAGAUGGAAAGAUUCAGUCCUCCUUCUGCUGUCUAACUUCCCAUAGUUCCUCCCAUUGACCAAACCAGCUGGAGGCCAGCUGACACCCAGAGCUUGGGAAAUAGGCUUCAGAAGUCAGUUCCCUAUGAUACAGAGCAGGGUAAGGCAUCUAUCCGAGGACAAACAGCUCUCAACCAGCAUAGUCUUCUGUUACUGGAAUUAACCUUGUUCUGGAAUUUAUUAACAUAGAAUUUUUAAUGCAAUCUUCCUGCAUACCUUUCACACACCAGUUGGUAUAAUGAUAUAUUCAUUCUUACAUCCAGAUUUUUCAUUCUUUUCCCUUCUUUGUGUAACUUGAAUUACCUUGGAGAUGACACGUAACAGCCACUCAACCAGCUCAAUGGUGUUUGAAACUCAUAAAUAAUAAUUAUGUCAUUAACUACUUUCACAGUCAAUGAAGCACUUUCACAUAUACUGGUUGAUCUCAUAAAAACUCUGAAUAGUUAUUAUUAUCCCCAUUUUAUGGAUAUCGGAGUCUUGGAGACUUUAUAUGAAUUGCUUGGAGGCUUUAUAUGAAGUCUGCUUGGAGACUUUAUAUGAAUUGAAAAACAAAUCCUGGAGCCAGAAUUCAAACCCUGGUCUGUCUGGCUCUAAAUCUGAUAAUUUUUCCAUGCUGCCUCAUGAAAGAAGGAGUUGCCCAGAGGGAACAACAGUAGUUUUUCUGGGCUGGUUGGCUGAUUUUAGGAGGAAGGAGAAAAUACAUUUUAAAUUUGCAAAAAUUUUCUCAUUGACCCAGAAAUUAAAAUUAUGCUCAGGGCAUGACUUCGGGCCUAUCUAACAUUCCAGUCUAAACAAUUAUAUUCUCCCUGAAGAAAUCACAAUCUUUCCCUGUACAUAUCUAGAUUUGGCAUUUCAGUAUAAAUUGAAAUGGCUGUUCUAGAAGGGUCAUUGUCACAGCAGCAUCUACCAUCCCAAGCCUGACAGUGGGGGUGAGGGAGGAAGGCAGUGGGGAAAGUCCUUGGUUUCCAUUUCCCUGUCUGUUUUCAAUAAAAUAUAGGACACCCCGUGAAAUUUGAAUGUCAGGUAAACAAUGAAUUUCUUUAGUGUAAGUAUGUGCCAAAUAUUGCAUGGGACAUAUUUGCACUAAAAAGUUAUUUAUUGUCUAUCUUACAUUCAAAUGGCAUCUCGUAAUUUGCUAAGUCUGGCAGCCUUAUUUCCAGUUGGGCAGUGAUCCCAAGGUUGUUUUGUGUGUGUGUGUGUGUGUGUGUGUGUCCUGUGCAGAUCCUAAGGACAAAGCCCAUAUGGCUCUGCUUCUGCCAUCUGUGCCCUGUACAUGCCAUGAGGUAGUACUUCCUGCACAGGUGCAGAAAUGGAAGGAGGGCCGGGAAGGGGAUUCCCAGUGUCCAGCAAAUACUGAUGAAUUCUCAAUUGGAGGUUCCCUUUGUGGUAAGGAGCGCUGACCUGACCUGAAAUGAAGGUUAAAGUUGAUUUACCUGGUUUUGCUUUGCUUUUCUGUUAGUCUGUUUUCACUGGUGAGUAUUAAAAUCUGACCAUGAAGUUAAAAUUAGCCUCAGAGAUGUGUAAACUUAUUCAAAGAAAGAGGAAGAGGAAGGGGCCCAAGAUGGCCUGGGUGUGUGAGGCAGAAAGGUCUGUGGGUCCCAUGGAAUGGGUGAGGAGGUUCAUUUCAGUGCUGGUGCUGCUGGCCUAGGAGAAGCCUAGGGAGCAGGCCCUGUGGUCCCUUCUGGGGAGAUGUCAAGGAGAGGAUGGAGCAGAAGAAAUGCUGGGGCCAGGCACUUGCAUCUGUUUGUGAGGAAGCAGAGCUGAGAAAGGAAUGUCACUGGGCUAUAAGCCCUCCCAAUAGGAGGGCAGUCAGUUCAACAGCACCCUCAGGGAGAGAAAUUAUGCUGGUUACUCAUCCUGGAGCUCAGGGAAGGGGACCUCGGUGGGGGCUGCUCUCAGCCCUGCUACUAAGUUGAUCUGGAACCUUAAAUAAGCCCUUAGUGUCUCUGGGCCUUUGAAUGUUCUCCUGUAAAAAUGCAAUGGCAGAGAAUAUAAUAUAUUUCCAUUAUGGUUUUGCUUAGUUCUAAAAUUAUAUUGGUAUAUGUAUAAUUUUAAGCCUUCUCAUGGUUCCUGUUCUGUGUUCACUGGCCAGGUAAGAGGGCUGGCAACCACACCUCAUCAAUAAUCCUUAUUAUACCUGAAGAUUACUUUUCAUUUGCCCCUUAGUUUUUUUCUCUUAUUCAGGCAAACUAUCAAAGUCCUUUUUUGCAAAAGGUUGUAUUCAAAUGAGUCAAAACCAACGAGACCUACCCUCCUAAAAGCCUCAUGUCAACACAGCAAUUAGUAACUCUACAGGACCAGAAGCUACAAUUAGUAUUUCAGUCCCGGUUCACCAUUCUUUUGUUCAUUCAUUCAUUCAUUCAUGCAGCAAAUAUUUACUGAGUUCAGGCAAUGCAUCAGGCAGAUUUGAGCUUUGGGAGGAAAACUUCAACAGAACUACAAAAUGUGGCAAACUCUGGGUGACCUGAGAUCCGGUUCCUCAAGUCCUUUGCCUCUGUCUUCUGUUGGUGGGCUCUUAGAAGUUUCAGUAUUCAGCCACCUGUCCAUCAAGUGGUAGAGGCAAAACAAAAAUAAGUUCUUGUCAACAGUUGUAGUGAAAGGUUGAAAGUAUUGGCUAACUUGAGGUAUUUGAAUGAUCUGUGGGUUUCCACCUCCUGAUAGCUGUGGGCCUCUAAGACCAGACAUAGCUGGGAACUGGCUCCUUCUACCAAGAGUGCAAAGCAGCCCUCUGGGAUGUCCUUCUCUUACUCACUUCUUCCUUGCCCUCUGUCCACAGUGCUGCACUUGAGAUGGAGUUACUGCCCCUCUGGCUGUGCCUGGGUUUUCACUUCUUGACAGUGGAAUGGAGGAAUCAAAGUGGAAUGGCCACGGCAGCUUCCCAAGGGGGCUGCGAGUUGGUUGAUGGAGUAGCCAAUUGCCGAGGGCAGAACCUUGCAUCAGUGCCCAGCGAUCUCCCUCCCUACUCCCAGAUGCUCAUCCUGGAUGCCAACCCGCUUAAGAUCCUGUGGAACCGUUCCCUCCAGCACUACCCUCUCCUGGAGAGCCUCAGUCUGCACAGGUGCCACCUGGAGCGCAUCGGCCGAGGCGCCUUCCAAGGGCAGGCCCGUCUGCGCAGCCUGGAGCUGCCCGACAACUCCCUCUCAGAGAACUACAAGGAGACAGCGGCUGCCUUCCACCACCUGCAGGCUCUGCAGAGGCUGGACUUGUCAGGGAACUCCCUGACAGAAGACAUGGUGGCCCUCAUGCUCCAGAACCUCUCUUCGCUGGAGGCUGUGUCCCUGGCGAGGAACACCAUCAUGAGGCUCGACGACUCUGUCUUUGAGGGCCUGGGGCACCUCAGGGAGCUGGAUUUGCAGAGAAACUACAUCUUUGAGAUUGAGGGUGGCGCUUUCGAUGGCUUGACUGAGCUGAGACACCUCAACCUGGCCUAUAACAACCUCCCUUGCAUCGUGGACUUCAGCCUCACACAGCUACGGUUCCUCAAUGUCAGCUACAACGUCCUGGAAUGGUUCCUGGCGUCAGGGGGAGAGGCUGCCUUUGAGCUGGAGACGCUGGACCUCUCCCACAAUCAGCUGCUCUUUUUCCCACUCUUGCCCCAGUGCAGCAAGUUGCACACGCUCCUGCUGCGGGACAACAACAUGGGCUUCUACGGGGACCUGUACAACACCUCUUCGCCUCGGGAGAUGGUGGCCCAGUUCCUCCUUGUGGAUGGCAAUGUGACCAACAUCACCACUGUCAACCUCUGGGAAGAGUUUGCGUCCAGUGACCUUGCGGACCUACACUUCCUGGAUAUGAGCCAGAACCAGUUCCAAUACCUGCCUGAUGGCUUCCUAAAGAAAAUGCCUUCCCUCUCCCACCUGAACCUCAACCAGAAUUGCCUGAUGACGCUCCACAUCCGAGAGCACGAGCCCCCAGGGGCACUCACUGAGCUGGACCUGAGCCAGAACCAGCUGUCAGAGCUGCACUUGGCCCCGGGGCUCCCCGGCUGCCUGAGGAGCCUCCGGUCAUUCAACUUGAGCUCCAAUCAGCUCAUGGGUAUCCCCACUGGCCUUUUUGCUGAUGCCAGUAACCUCACUACAAUUGACAUGAGCCACAAUCAGAUCUCACUUUGUCCCCAGCCGGCUGGCUUGGACCUCCCGGCCCCCCCAAGCUGUGUGGAUUUUAGGAACGUGGCGUCUUUGAGGAGCCUCUCUCUCAAGGGCUGCGGGCUGGGGGCAUUACAAGACUGCUCGUUCCAGGGGACUGCCCUCACCCACUUAGACCUGUCUGGCAACUGGGGGGUUCUGAAUGGGACCGUCGCCCCUCUCCGGGGUAUCGCCCCCACGUUACAGGUCCUGUCUCUGAGGAAUGUGGGCCUCAGUUCUAGCUUCAGGGAGUUGGACUUCUCUGGGUUUGGGAAUCUGAGAGACUUGGAUCUGUCAGGGAAUUCUUUGACCAGUUUCCCACGGUUCAGGGGCAGCCUGGCCCUGCAGACCCUGGAUCUCCGCCGAAACUCGCUCACAGCCCUUCCCCAGGGGGCCGUGUCUGAGCAGCUCACGAGAAGUCUGCGGACCAUCUACCUCAGUCAGAAUCCGUAUGACUGCUGUGGGGUGGAGGGCUGGGGGUCCCUGCAGCGCCUGCACGCCAUUGCCGAUUCGGCCAUGGUCACUUGCAACCUCUCCUCCAAGGUCAUUCGCCUGAUUGAGCUGCCCGGAGGCGUGCCUCAGGACUGCAAAUGGGAGCGGGUGGACAUGGGCCUGCUGUACCUCGUGCUCAUUCUUCCCAGCUGCCUCACCCUGCUGGUGGCCUGCACCGUCAUCUUCCUCACUUUCAAGAAGCCCCUGCUUCAGGUCAUCAAGAGCCGCUGCCACUGGUCUUCCAUAUACUGACCUGGCCACGUGCCGAGAUUAGAAAUGGGGUCUGUGCGUGGAAGAACCCUUUCUCUGCCAGAUUUCCGGAUCUGACGCAGAGAACAAAUCCAGUGAAUUGAGGUUUAAGUGAAAGUUUAAAAUGUUUCCAGCCCUUAGUUGCCCCACGUUCUUCUUCCAUCGUUGUGAAUCAUCCUCAUCAUCCUGGUAAAAUAUUUAUUAAGUGAUGUUCUGUGAAAAUAAAACACAUGUCUCAUAAAUAUUUUUUAAAUCAAA